AAGUUAGAAUAAUCAGGAUCAUUUAGUUAAAACUUUAUUAAUUUACCAUUCUCCGUAAACUAAGGUUUACAUAAAGGAAGAAAGGAUACAUAUAUAAGGGCAAAAAUCAACAAGAACAAUGACAUAGACAGGGUCAGUGUUCAUAAAGAUGGGUAUGGCCCUUGCCAGAAGGAUGAAAGGUGAUAAACAACGCACAUUUUAUUCUGUAGCUAUCUUAGUUUACCUUCUUUAUUUUUAAAAUAUAAUUUCAUUGGAAUAUAGUUGAUUUACAACGUUGUGUUGGUUUCAGGUGUAUAGCAAAGUGAAUGAGUCAUAUGUAUUUAAAACUGAAUGUCCUUUCUUUAAUCCUUCAUGACAUUUAGGAAAUCCUAAGGGGUAAAUUUAACAUAUCUGAUCUUUGCUCAUUUAAAACAUUCACAGCACUGGGAAAGCAUAUGAAAACUUUUUCCUCAAUGAAAAUGUUUAUCUAUACAGGAAAGUUGAUUUUAAAUCCAUCUUAAGGAACUUAACUUGUAAAAACUAACACAGACCUUAUUUGAGAUGACUAAAACAAACAUGAGUUCCAUAGAUUUAUAUACCAUACUUCCAUAAAUUCAUAAAGACAAAACUCUCCCAAUGUAAGCAUCCUCCCUGUAAUUAUCAAAAGAGCCUGUGAGUACUGAGUUACAGGUGUACCAUCAUUAAAUCUAACAUGUUAGAGGAAUGAACAUUCCCUGGAGUUUGUGUGCCUGUAUUACAGGAGAUAAGAGGAGGAAAUUGAAGGAGAAGCUCUUCUCCUUGUGGUAAAAAGCAAAAUUUAAAGGGAAAAAUUAUACACAUUUUAAAUUAAAUCUUAUAUCUCCAUAAUUUCUGUCUCAACAGACAACACAGAGAUGACAGAGGAUAAUCAAUCCCUGACAACUGAGUUUAUCCUCACAGGAUUUAAAGAUCUCCCAGAGCUGAGGACCAUCCUGUUUCUCAUGUUCCUUUCCAUCUAUCUGAUCACCAUGGUGGGAAACCUUGGUCUGGUGGCAUUGAUAUUUACAGAGCCUCGUCUUCACACUCCAAUGUACAUCUUUCUGGGCAACCUCGCUCUGAUGGAUUCCUGUUGUUCCUGUGCCAUUACCCCAAAGAUGCUACAGAAUUUCUUUUCUAAGGAAGGAAUAAUUUCCCUCUAUGAGUGCAUGGCACAAUGGUAUUUCCUCUGCCUAGCUGAAACUUCAGAAUGCUUCCUCCUGGCAGCAAUGGCUUAUGAUCGCUAUGUGGCCAUCUGCAACCCGCUGCAGUACCACACCUUAAUGUCAAAGGAACUCUGCAUUCAGAUGACUAUGGGUGUCUACAUAGUGGGAAACCUGCAUCCUAUAAUUCAUAUAGGUUUUCUGUUUAGGCUAACUUUCUGUAGGUGUCAUCAAAUCAACCACUUCUUUUGUGAUGUUCUUCCAUUAUACAGACUCUCCUGUGUUGACCCUUAUCUCAAUGAGUUGAUGUUAUUUAUCUUUGCAGGGUCAAUGUCAAUCCUCUCUAUUGCUAUAGUAAUAAUCUCUUACCUUUUCAUCCUCUUCACAAUUUUCACAAUGAAAUCCAACAAGGGAAGAGGCAAAGCCUUAUCCACUUGUGCAUCCCACUUUCUCUCUGUCUCAAUAUUCUAUGGUUCUCUUCUCUUCACGUAUGUUCGACCAAAUUCAGUUAAGAAAGGAGAUAAAGAUAUACCCCUUGCUAUUUUUUAUACUCUAGUCAUUCCCUUGUUAAAUCCUUUCAUUUACACUCUAAGAAAUAGGGAAGUAAUAAAUGCUAUGAAAAAAAUUGUAAAGAUGUCAUAAUAUUCUGAAACGAAUAGCAUCCCCUAUGAAUAAUUGAUUUUAGUUUGAUGAAACUUUACUUUCAACAUCAAGGAAUACUGGAAAAGUGGAAAAUGGCCACUGUAUAUAAAAUAUUAAAUUACUAAAACGUCUGGGUGAUGGUGGCCCUAUAGAAGAAGCUUGGCAGUUUUCCUUCUGCUGAUUUUUAGAAGAAUCUCAGAAGUAUAGGUGUUAUCUCUUCCCUGAAUGUUUGAUAGAAUUUGCCUGCAUAGCCAUCAGGUCUCGGACUUUUGGUUUUUGGAAGUUGUUAAAUCACAUUUUCAAUUUCAGUACUGGCGA